GUCCCCCCCCCCUCCGCCUUCUCUUCGUUGCCUUGAUCUCUCCCCCCCUCUUCCUAUCGUCAGAGAUUUCUCUGGAGGGAGGAAAUUCCCCUCAUUGCUGCAUCUCGCCCCCCCUUUUCUUUCAUCUUGCUUCCAGUCCUCCGUUUUUGGUCGCGCUGACAUCGUACUUUAUCUCUUCCCCCCCCCCCAAAAAAAGGUAUCUUCAGUUUGUAACUGCGGUCCCCUCUCUUCGUAAGCCUUUACAUAUUUCUCAACCCAGCGUAGAACAAUUCUUGACUCCUUUUUUCUUGAUUUGGUAUUUUUUUGGGGGGGGGCGGUGGACUUUUGUGUUUCUUUAUAUAUGCUUCAUAUUUCUUUUUUCCUCCUGGAAUCAAAUAUUUUGAUUUAGGGGGCGGGACUGAGUUUGGUGUGCCCCUGUUAAAUGCUGCAAUAUAUAUUUUAACUGUUUUGGGGGGAAACUCUCCACUAGCUCUCCCUCAUUAAUUUUGUCUCAAAUUGCAUUCCCCUCCUCCCCACCCCUUCCAGGACUUCCAAGUGAAGUUUUUUUUUUUUUUAAGAAAGCAAAAAAACCUGGAAAACCCUUUGGUAUCUCAUCUCUGAAUUUGGAGUCAACCACACCUUUGAGAACACCUUUUGCCAUUUUUCUCCCUCUUCUCCCCUUCCUAUCUAUUCAUCCUCCUUCUCCCCCAUCCAAGGAAAGGCCAAGAUUUUAUUAAUCUGUGGAUUGGGAUAUUACAUUCUUGGGGUGUGUGUGAAAGAAAGCCGAAAACAGCAGCCACACGUUGGGUGAAUUCAUGAACACAAAAUACACCCCUUUGGCCGGGUGUGUUUUGUUCCUCUUUGGCAUCUGAUUCUGAGGAAGCAGCGCCUUUGGAAGGAGAAGGAGCAUCACCCCACUGAAACGUCGCAAGCUGCUUUGUCGAAAUAAAAGACCGAAAACUUCCCACAGUCCAUCGGCUUCAGGAGGAGCCUACCAGACCGGGUGCAUCUCCAUGUAGACAAAAUUGGCGCUCUCUCCACCUUGUGUCCCCAUUGCCUGCCAUGGGGCUGUGAAGCCGAACAGAUUUCCCCACUGGAAAGCGUGGGAAUUGGUGGCGAAUCCCUCCGAGCGGGAAGAACUGUGUCAGAAAAGAGGAGGAGGAGCCGGCCUAGCACAUGAAUGGCUGCCAAGGAUUAUGACCACUUGUUCAAACUACUCAUCAUCGGGGAUUCGGGAGUUGGGAAAAGUAGCCUCCUGCUCCGUUUUGCAGACAAUACCUUUUCUGGCAGCUAUAUCACGACCAUUGGUGUAGAUUUCAAAAUUCGGACACUAGUGAUAAAUGGAGAACGAGUGAAACUGCAGAUCUGGGACACUGCUGGACAGGAACGGUUCCGGACCAUCACCUCCACGUAUUAUCGUAAUACACAUGGCGUCAUCAUUGUAUAUGAUGUGACAAAUGCCGAGUCAUUUGUUAAUGUCAAACGUUGGCUGCACGAGAUUGGGCAAAACUGUGACAGUGUCUGCAAGAUUUUGGUGGGCAAUAAAUGUGAGGACCCCUCACGGAGGCAAGUGGAAAUGGCUGACGCCCGGCGAUUCAGCGAGCAGAUGGGGGUGCGGCUGUUUGAGACCAGCGCCAAGGAGAAUCUCAAUGUUGAAGAGAUGUUCAAUGCCAUCACGGCAAUGGUGCUCCGAGCCAAGCAAGAAAACCUAGCACGCCUCCAACAACAGAACGAAGUGGUCAAAAUCAACAAGCCCAAAAAGAAACCGUCAGUCAAAAAAUGCUGCUGAAGAGGCAACAUCUCCUUUCCCCUUCUCUACUCUCUUCUUCCUCCCCAACUUUACAUUCUGAGGACUGGACUGCGGAGGACCAAGUGGCUGAAAAUAGUUGCUGUAUGUUUUCAUGUGGUGGGGUGGGGCUUGGCAUGAGAUAUCUGUGUGGAUGCUCACAGUACUGGAAUUGCACUCCUCUCACCCCGCUGCCCUUAAGGAAAAUGAACAAUUAUGAUGAAAAAGUCCCUCCUUGGUGGUGACUGUGCUUGAGAAGCAGAGGCAGUAGGAUAUAUUCAAGAAUAUUAAAAAAAACCAUUGAAACCAAUUAUUAAUAGAAGUGUUUGGGAUUCAAAUGAGUUUAGGGGAUUUAGUCCCCUCCCUUCCCAAGACAAAACUGAAGAAACCCUUCAGCAAUCUUGCCUGUAAACUCUUGUUUUCUUGUAUCCCCACCUGAUGCUGUCACUGCGGUCUAGCACAGACGUCCAUCACUGGGCGCUGUGAGGAAUGGGGAGAAUAUGUUUCACAUUAACCGGGUUUGGGGAUAAUAUGUUGCUCCUCUUUAAAUAUGCUUGUGAUUUAUGAAAGGGUAGAGUGGAACUGGGGAAGUCCAGCAAACGUGAGUCUCCUUGUGUGGUCACUGAGCAAGACUGGUCAUUGUUUGCUCAGAAAUGGGAUAAGAAUGUGGUAAUUAGGCCUUGAAUGGAAAUGAGGGCGGUGUUCCUUUCUACAGUCUGGAGCUUUGUUAACCCCUGAGCCUUUGAGAGAAAUAGCCAGAGGUUAUUGAGAGGAUCAGCCACAUGGUGUUCAAAUUUAGGUAGAACGGCAAAAAGUGUCUCUCUACAACUUCCCUCCUGUGUGUCUGGGGCACCAUUCUGUCUGCCCAGCCUCCGUUCCUACAGCUGAGGAAUUAAAUUGGAAGAGGAGGUACAAACGCUAAACUAGGAAUAUACAGCUUUGUUUGGGUCUGAUAGGUGGUCUCCAAUCUGCAGUUCCCCAAAGUGUGGGUAAAAUCAUGUUGAAAUGUCCUCUGCCCUCUUUUCUGUUGUCUUUAAAUAUGGGGACCUUCUUACUGUGCAAUAUGUCUGCUUCAUGAAUUAUUUUAUAUACACAAAAAUGAAUAUGUACAUAAUUAAAACAUCUUGUUUUAACCCACUGUUAAUGGCAUUAAACUUGUUAAGGAAACACCACUAUUCAAUAAAGAAAUUUAGAUAUGAAA